AUGGGGGUUCGUAUUCUUUCUGAUCUUCAAGUUAAGAGGGAGAGUUUUACAGAAGUACGUCCAGAGAAGAUCAAGGAGAGACGAUCACUUUUUCUAAGCAACAUAGACCAAAUAUUCGUGGGUCGUAUCUUAAACAGCCUAUAUUGUUUCAGUGCUUACCCUGCUAUACCCUUCGAUGCAAUUGUAUCCCUGACCACACAAGCACUGAGUAAGAUUCUCGUUCCAUAUGACUUCAUGUGUGGUAGACUUGCAUUUAAUUCAGAGCAAGGAAGAUUCGAGAUCGACUGUAAUGCUGCAGGAGUGCCUUUUGCCAUUUGUACAAGUCCACUGUCUCUGAUAGAGCUGGGAGAUAUCGACUAUUCAAAUGCUGCCUUUAAUCAGCUUUGUUUUCUGCCCCAUUCUGCAAAACGAACACCUGAAGAUCAGCCACUCCUAUCUUUUCAGAUAACUCAGUUUAGAUGUGGUGGCUUCAUUGUGGGAAUCACUACAAGUCACUGCCUUAUGGACAGGAUUUCUUUGGAUGACUUUAUUAAGAACUUCUCUUACUUGGUUGUAAAAGGAGAACUAGCAUUCAUACCAGUCAUCAACCGGACUCGUUUGAUGGCUCGAUGUCCUCUCCAAAUAGAAUACAAACAUGAAGAGGACAUAGAGUCAUCUGCCAUUUUGUUGCUGAACAAGCCAUCCUUGCCAAUUCGUCCAAAUAAUUAUGAGUUUAGGGUGAUCUCAUUAUCAGGAAAAUUUGUUGAGGUCCUCAAGAUGAAGGCCAAGAAUGGUGGCGUUAAGCAUUGCACACGAUUCAUGGCAACACUGGCACACCUGUGGCGUGCAAGGACUACUGCAAUCGGAAACAUGAAUUCAGAAGAUGUUUCAACAGUGCAGUUUGUAGUGAAUAUAAGAUCAAAGUUUAAGCACCCUCUUCCUCGGGAGUUUGUGGGUAAUGCCAUACUUACAGCCUAUGCUAAGGCCACUUCCAGAGAACUGCAGGAUCAGCCAUUUUGUGAGAUUGUGAAAAAGUUGCAGGAAGGCCUGGAUAGAAUAACUGACAACUAUGUGAGGUCAAGAAUAGAUAUUAUGGAGUUGCAAAAUAGAGUGAUGUGCUUAGAGAAUGGAUUUCUUGUAACAUCAUGGUUGCAUAUGGGAGGAGACCUGGAAUUGGGAAAAGGGAUAAAGUCAGUGCGUGGAGGCCUUAUGAUUGAAAGGUGGGCACAGAGUGUGGUUUUCAUGGCUGAUCCAAAGGAUGAGGCUGGCAUAAUGAUGCACAUCGCCUUGGAGCCUCGUCACAUGGCCAGAUUUGAAAAACUUAUCCAAAUGUCGAAUAUAAACUAG